CAAUUCGUAGAUCAUGAACGAUAUCGAACGAAACGAUAUUUCGCUGCGACAUGACUUUGAAUUUUGCGAAAAUAUCAUCAAGUAUUUGGAAAGUGGGAAGCAAAGUACGAAGGAUCUACAGGACCAGUUGAAACAAUGUGAAGAGAAAUUAAAACUUUUAACAAAGGAAGUAGCAGCUCGUUCGUUAUUCAGUAGUAAUGAAGGUGUUGACGAAUUGCCGACCAAUUCGUUGAAUUAUUUAUUCCUACCAUAUUAUUUGGCUACGGUAACGCAAAAUAUUAUCGUUGGACCGGAGGGACGUCUUUCAUCUUUGGACCGCGCAAAGAUAUAUUUACGAGACUUUUUGGAAAGGUUAAGAUCAUACAGUAUUAUUGACUUCGAUUUGUCCGGAUUGAACGACGAUAGUGAAGGAAAGGAAACAGAGAAAUCGAACCAUGACAUCAAUCUAUCUAAACAGAGAGAAUUAAAAUUGCGACGAUUCCAACAGGAAAAGGAAUUGGAAAAAUUAGUGGAAAAUUCUGAAUCCGAAAUAUAUUCAAAUGCAGAUGACGAGUUAAUGCGUGACUUAAUUAUAAAUCGUUUACGUCUUGCUGCAAUGAAAAGUAUGAAUGAGAUAAGACAAAUUGAUCAAGAAAGACCAAUGGUAGAGCACAUGUUGAAAAUCCAAACAGGACAUACUGAAGCUUUGCCGAAACGACCGACGAAGCGAUUCGCACCAACUCCAUACAUAAUAGCUCGAGAUAAAGUACAAAAGGAAGUUUUUGGUUUGGGAUAUCCAAGUAUACCAACGAUGACUGUAAGCGAAUGGUAUGAUGACAUGAUGAAAAAUGGAAGAUUCGGUGCUAUAAAUCCGGGCUCAUCUGAAAAUAACUCCGACUCAAAUGCAAUGGAUGAAGAAACAAAGGAAGAACAGGAACGGGUUCGUCUUCAAAAAUGGGAUGAAUAUAAAGAUUAUCAUCGUCGUGGCUGGGGAAAUAUGCAUAAUAAAGGCUAAAAAGGAUUUUUUGAUUCGAUGUUAAAUUUGAAUGCAGUUGUAAUGUUUUAUUGGCAAUUUGAAUUUUUUUCUUAUAUUUUUAAACUGGAAUUUUAUAUUAUUCGGCGUUCUUUAUAGUGUAGAUUGUAUUCGUAAUUCAUUUCAAGAAAUUAAAACUGUUUGUUUUGUGCAUCAUUUUUAUCCAAGUUUAUUUCCACAAAUGUUGUGUAUGAGAGAUUUGUAUAUAAGCUUUUUGUCACAUGAACAAUUUUUUUCUCCUUAUAUAUUUGUCAUGUUGUUUUCUCCCAUUGUGUCGUAAGAAAAAUACCUAUUUGAGGAAUGACUUGCUCCAAAAUGUCAG